CUCUUUAGCUUGUGCGAGCUACUGUUGCUCCCCCAAUGCCGCUGCUCACAGUCUCCACUCCACUAGAGAGAACCUCUUUCGCCUUUCCCUGUGAAUCCACUUUUCAUGAAUCACAUGACGAUAGGCGUAGGGAAGUUGCUACCUGCUCUCUCAUAACAACAUCCGGUGCGCUUCGCUGCAAUUUUCUGAAAUUGAAUAAGGAAGUUCGAUCUAAUGUGACUAGGGUAUCUAACGAAGAAUCGUCCGGAAAGACGACUGCAGAUGAGGAAUCCUUCGAUUUAGGUGUUAGGGCUGCAUUGUCUAUGCUUAAAUUUUACAAAAGAGAGAUAUCACCACUCCUUCCCUUAAGCUGUCGUUAUGUGCCAACCUGCAGCGUGUACUCGAUGGAGGCAUACAAGAGAUAUGGCGUUGUGAAGGGAACAAUCUUGACAGCUUGGCGGCUCUGUCGUUGCAACCCUCUUGGUAUUUUUGCAUUUUUUUGUGAAGUGCAAGAUUAUAAGUUAAAAUGGGAGCAUUUGGAGCAAAAAAAACACCUAAAUGUUGGUCUUGCGACCCAGCUCAUGAAGUGGAGAAUCGACGCUUGACAUGCAUCCUUCGACCAGGUGAAAACAAAGAUGCUGGGAACCUGGUGCUCGACUCAGUGAUCUAGCACUUGAACAAUACACGUUCAGAACAAAGAAGCUAGAAAUCCAACGCAGCAUGUGAAAACCCACCGCCUAACUCAAUUGUCAUACAGGAAACUUGGCGCUAGCCCUAUAUUCCACAUUAACAUGCUAGCCUGAGCGAUUGGAAACUCGACGUUCAAUGUAGAAACUUGACACUCCCAAACUAAUAUAUGUGGGAGUUACUUCGGUUUCUUAUCUACGUGGCUUUGAUAAUGACUUUAAUUCGACAAAAUCCAUGUAAUGGGGAGCUCUAAUGUCAUUAUUGUUCCCAGAGCUUGGUGAGAGCAUGGAGGAAUGUUUGAAGGGGAUCGAGAGAAAGUGUUAGCGAGAUUUUGUGAGAAGAUUUUCUUAUAAUUUGUGCGCUUCCAAUUAGAUAUUGUUGUGUAAGGAAGAGAGUUUGGUGGCUAGUAAUUCUUGAGAACA